ACAUAAUCGCUGAGGUAAACGUGACAGAUGACUGAGUGUUUGGGUAGUGAUUAGUGUAUAUUGAACAGUGUGGUGGGAGGUAGUGUGUACUAGGUUUGGUGUUAAGGUUUUUUUUUUCUGUCUUAUAAUUUGUCAUAGUUGGAGGAUGUGGAUGGCAGGUCGUUUUAAAGUAUGAAGUAUGUUUUGUGUAUUGCUUCAGUGUUGUGCUUGCUAACAACAAUUGCAGCAAACCAAACGAAAAAUAUUAAUAAUAAUAAUGUGGAAUAUAAUCCAUACGGACCCUACGUUAAUUGCUCUUUUCUCCCCCUGGAGUUCUUGGAUUGCGAAGAUCUAAUAGAUCAUAAAGGCAAUGAAACCGCCAAAGCAGAGCUAGGUCGGGGUUGUGUUAAGUUUGGUGGUUAUAGGUAUGAAGAUGUUGAAAAAACAGUGUUGAAAUGCACUGUUCUUCCAUCAAUUGAGUGUUAUGGACCAAAAGAAAUAUACAGAGAUGGCUUUCCUUGUAUAACGUACAGUGGUCAUUAUUUUGCAACUACCUUGAUAUACAGCAUCCUCUUGGGGUUUUUGGGAAUGGAUAGGUUUUGUCUUGGUCAGACUGGAACAGCAGUUGGAAAGUUGCUGACACUUGGAGGUGUUGGAAUAUGGUGGAUUGUAGAUAUAAUUCUUUUAGUCACUAAUCAACUUCAACCAGAAGAUGGAAGUAAUUGGAAUCCAUAUGUUUAAUCACUUCAAGUGCAGCUGUGUCAUCUAUACAUUAACAUUACAUAACACAUUUUGAAUGCCACCAAAAUAUAUUUUAUUUUCCAAAUCUAAUAACAUGUACAGUAACCUGUGAUAAAUGAUACAGCACAAAUAUAUUAUUUAUUUGGACUGAUGUACAGGUAUCUAACUGUAUAUACGAAGAAAUAAACUGUACUUUCAAGAUGGAGUACAUAAAAACUAUGUAAAUGCUUAUACAAAAAUAAAGUUUUUUUAUCAAAAUUAUACAAAAUGUGAGCUAUUCUUUAAAAUAUUGCACAAUAAUAAACUAUUAAUAGUACCAACAUAAUAUGUAGGAACACAUCACUUAACCCUGUCCAUUACUGCAAGGUUUAAAUUAAGGAAUGUGGAAGCACAAGUUAAAAAAAAAACUUAUUUUCCUUUGCUUCUCGAUUGCAGUGAAAUCAAUUUUACAGCUAAUAAAAAAUAUUUCAAAUACAGUAGGUCAUAUCACAGAAAUCUGACUUUGUUGCUUUUAAUUUAUUUUUUCAACCGGAAUCUGCUGUGACAAAUUUAUCAUAUUUCACAAGUUACUAUUUAGCAGAAAUAAUAUCUUUACCCACAGUUCAGGUGGUGACUUUUAAAUUUGAGACAUUGCAAGACUAAAGCACCAGUACUAAUGUAAUUUGUCUUCAACAUAGUUGGAAUUUUUAAUUUCUUUCCUACAAUUUUACUCCAGUUUAUAAGGGUGAUACACAUAACAAAUAGUAAUUGAACAGCAUAACAAGAAGCUAAGUACAAAACUUUUUUCCACAACAGCAUCUACUCGAGCUUAUUCACCAUCCUUACUGUGAUUUUACAAUUGUAUAGCCACCUGAUGGGAUACAUAGAACAGGAUUGAUGUUUUACUUAAAAA